CACACUUAUACUGAAUGGCAACAAUCAAUCCGAAAGCAGCUUUUGAUGAAGCUGUCAGUCGUCUUCCUCAGCCCAGUGAGGGAGAAGAAGCCAUGUUUUCUCAAUGCCACCCCCCACAGUCAUUGCAAGCCCUGAAAGAGUCAGUGUACCAUGAAUGAAAAUGACCAUUCCUUUAUGUAAUACUCAUCUAAAGUUAUGCCUAUUAUAUAACAAAUCAGCCCAGAAAUGAUACACACUGAUGUCACAGUGAGGCAAUCUUGCAGUGCUGUUGACAUGUGCUUCAGUUGGUUGGAGGGAAAUGCUUGCUCGAGAUGUUUUACACUUGCACGUGUCAGGAUUAAAGGGUAACUGAAGAUGACUCACAUGUAGCUGUAAAGUUAGGCUCAGAAGAGUAGAGUUCAAAUUUAACCAAGGUUUUUAUACCGUGCAGCGCCGCCGCGCUCAUCCAUAUUUUUAUACCACGACUAAAGCUGCUGUCAGUCAAGUCUUUACCAUGAUGUCUGCAUGUGCAUGUGUGCACCAUUUUAGGCGGUGAUCUAUUACAGCCCAGACGGUGUAAAGCGCCAUGGCAUCAGAGCACCAAUGCACAUUAGGAUAAGGCAUGACCGAUUGCCCUCAGUUUGUGAAUAAUUCCAUGCUCCUCCAUGCCUUUGUCGGCAUCUAAUGGAAGAAAAAGCACCUAUCAAGUCUGCCAUGGUGUCAAGACUGCCUAAAUUUGGUGGACGCUCCACAAGUAGUGGCACUAGCCCCCUGACCAACGGAUCCUCACAGUCAGCCGCUCCUUCACAGGAUGGUAAAACCACGCCUCCAGGAACACGGCCAAAUGGCGUUCUCCGGGCUUCUCCCUUCUCCCUGAAGUGGAAGAGAGAUGCGGGAGUGACUCCAUCCAGCCCCACAACUCCAACCAGUCCUGUAGAUGGAAGUGAAGACAAGGUCCAGACACUUCCCUCGCUAACAAAGGAGGUGAAAAAUGGCUCUCCAGGAACGCCUAAAAUGCGUAGGUCAGGCCCUUUGGCGGUGGCUGUCUCCAGCCCCAAAGCCAUUCCCAAGCAGUCUUUAAAAAUGAGUCCCAAAGCAGGGACCAAACUUGGCCAAAGCCCACUAAAUGGAGGGUCUAAAAUGAGCCCCAAUGGCUCGAUUCUGUCGAUCCGAACAGCAUCAGAGUCCCGCCUUACACGUCCCAAGUUAAGCUCCAUUUCUCCCAGGAGCAGUUCGCAGGACAGUCUGUCUCAGUCCAGUGAGAGCCUGAAGAUGUUAGCCCUGGACAACAUGGUUCGUUCAAACAGCUUCACCCAUUUCAAACAAAUUCCUUCGCCCACCAAUGAGCCCAUGACGCGGUCUUUCUCCUUUAAUCGGGCGGUGGAGCUCGCCAAGCCUUUAGCCAACACUCAGCUUCAGGCUCCUCGGAGUAGUUUCCUCAAACCCCCUCAGAUGAGCAAUGGGAGAAUGGGUUUGGGACUGAAUGGCAGCCUUGCAGGCUCAGGUAGUCUCAGUGGAGGACUUCAGCUCAGCAGAACUCCUCCAGCCAGCUCUUCGAUCCCUCCUGCACCGAACACUCCUCGGGCUCUGAAGAAACCUCUUCUCCCUAAUUGUGUGCUGGCCAAAUCACUGGUUGGCAGUGUGGGAUCAUUGGGCUGCAAGCUAGCUCGACCUGGACCGACCAAGCAGCAGAAGCUCCUUUUCCCAGGUGGUAUUGCCAAGGAGGAUGCGAGAUCCUCAGCUGCGUCUGAAUGUGGAGGGCUAUUAAAGACAGCAGCAGACGUUGAGACAGCCAGUGAGACUGGAAAAGCAGACCCUCACAGUGACAGUGAUGGAAGCUCUGGAGGUAGAGGUGGAAAAGGAGGAGGAGGAAGUGGUACAUUCAAGCCAAGCUCUAGCCAGGCGGCAGGCGAGACGCUGGAGGACAUGUCCUUAUCUUCGGCCUCGUCGUUGGACAGAGGCGACACCAGUGAGGAGUUCCUCGACGACUUUGACAGUGUUGGCGAUGUCCUGAGUGACGGAGACCUGCCUGAUAACAGGAAAACUGGCGGUGUUAACCAAUUACCUUUAGAGGAUUUUUUUAAAGAGACCAUUGACUGGGACUGUGUGGAUGUAGAUGAAAAUAAAGAUGAAAGCCCGAUGCAGGACUCCCAGGGGCCACUGGUCCAUGAUGACGCCCCCCAGGUCUCAUCUGUGGAACUCUCACCAUCCAACAGCUCUGGAGGAACCUAUAUGUGGGAUGAAGAGGGUCUGGAGCCCCUUGGGGGUCCUGGAACCCAUCCAUUGGACAGCUAUGAUGACUCUGAGCUGAACAGCAUGGAUAUCCUGAACAACCUGGACCCUCCGGGAAGCGGGGAGUUGGACGACGACGACCUCAUGCUGGAUGUUGAUCUCCCAGAAGACGGCUUGCAUGAUGUUGACAGGAUGUCACACAUUGAGAGAUCAGAACGAGGCAGUCGCCAUGGGCAACGGAGAAAACACCAUCGCUGGAGUGGGCCGGAGCGCCUUCACCAUGAUGGCAGGUCUCACGUCUUCCAGCACUACGAUGGCCUCAAAGCUUCAAGGACCGCCUCGCGGCCCACCCCGUCCGAAGGCAGGCCGCAUGGCUACACACCGAUUUUGGAUGAACUGACCCUGGAACACAUGACUCAGGACUGCAGUUUGCUGAAGAACCAGCUGCUCAGGCUGAAAAUGUUACUGCAGCUUGAGGAUACCGAGUCUCCAGCAGAUGUUCCUGAGGAGAUUGAAGAGAGUACCACUGCUUCACAGGUGGAUGCACUGAUUAAAGAGGUCCAGGUGCUCCGAGAGGAGCUGAGGAGUCGAGACAAGACAAUUGCUCAGCUCACGAUUCAGUGUCAACAGCUACAGCAGCAGCAUCAGAGGGAGCAGACGCCUGCCCAAGGAAAGCCAGUGAGAUGCCAGUGCCACCACCAGAGGGCGCCCUCCUCAAUGCGACACAGUGACAGGCAGAUGGACAAACGGACACUGCACCAUCACGACAAGGCCACUCAGACGUACUGGAGACCGCCCAACCACGCCCCUCGAAUACUACAGCCUUUCAACCCUUGUCUCAGCGAGCACCUCCACAAGGAAAGACUAGUAAGAACUCCCCGCACCGCGGGCCCCAGUAACCCCACAAGAAGCGGAUCAGGGGAAGCAGCUCAUUCAGAAGCUGACCGUCCUCCUGAAGCUCUGGUGGCGGACGCGUCUGGGCCGGCAAGUCCUGACGAGCUGAGUCAUCCCCCACGCAGCAACCUGCACUGUCUGGAUCCCGGGGCUCCACGGGGGAUAACUGCCAGAGAGGGUCCGGCGUCAGCGGCUCAGCCUGCGGCGCAGCAUGAGCAGAGAGCCCAGACGCCGCGCGGCUCCAUCACUCCCGGAUCAGCCGGUACGACCUGCCCUCGCGCGCUGCUGCCUCCCCGCCUUCACAAGCGCGUGUCCCUCCCCGCUCUCAAGCCAGGGGGCACUGGUGGCUUCGCCUCUCUGAAGCCCGGGUGUCUCUUCCGGCCUCUGGCUAACCAGAGCGAGCAGCUGCCGCCCCCGUCCAGAGGCCUCCCCUGCUUUAAUCCGGGGCCCCAGGUGCAGUCUCCAAGUCUGUGUCGUACUUCACUGCUUCAGCCUCGCAGACUAUCACAGCCUUGCAGGGAUCCUCAGUCCCACAGCUCCGCCCCGGAGGAACCCGACCAGGGAACGCUCAGAGGCACGGGGUCAGCCAAGACCCCGAAUCCUUUCAGCCGCUCAUGCCUCCCCAAGCCAAAGAUUCCCUGAGGAGCGUAGAUCUGCCCAUCAACACAUCAAACUGGAGUCACUCUCACUCUGCCACUCAGCCCCUUCUCCUCCCGGCCAGAAAAAUUGUGACUAUUUUACUUUUUGAGUGUCGAAAAGCCGACACUGAGCUGAUCACUCCCCUCCCAGACCAUUCAGGGACUGCCUGUGUCUGUGACAGUGGUGACUGUUUUAAUUUAGCCUAUAUAGAACUAUCACAAUUGUAAUAUGUAGCAGGAUCUUUGCAACAACGCACAGUGACGUCAGUUUUCAGAUGAAGGGUGUUUUUUUUCUUUUUUUUUUUUUUUUUUGACUUUGCACAUAAAUGCUGCAGAUGGAAGAAAAGAGUUACAAUCUGAAAAAAAAAACCAACCCGCCAGCUUUAUGAAUUCUUUUGAGACGCCCGCAGGCCGAUGUCACAUUUUGAAGUCUAAGUUCACUUGUUCUCACUCAGCUGUGGCCUCUGACACACAGGUGCAUUUUAUUUUAAACAUAACGUUGGCAUGAUUGUGACCUUUGCUUUGUGAUCAAAGGCCCGGAGGAAAGGAGAGGCAAAAAUAACAAGUGGGAAGGAAAAGAAAAAAAAAAAGGAUGAAGAGUGGCUCGGACUGAUCAGUAAAUUUGUCAAAGCACAUCAGGGCUACUUCAGAGGAAAAAGAUGGGGUUUAACGCAGAUGUGCGAGUCCAGACACGUGUCUUUCUUUAAAAAAAAAAAAAAAAAAAAGGAAAGAGAGUGGUAGUGAGUGGCAAAAGCAGCUCCUGGAAAUCCAAGCAUCAUUUCAGUCGAGCUCACUUUGCCUGCAUCCGGAGUGAAUCCGCAAGCGCCGCACAAAUUAGCUAAAGGGGGCUGCGGACCUUUUGUCUGAAUGCAUCGAUGAUGGAAAUAUAGCCCCAUAAAAAAUAACACCAAGCUGGUGCUGGAGAUGUAAUUAGGAGAAAGCUUGUGCAAGUGAGGAAUUAGCUUUCAUAAUGGAGUGGAAAGAUGAGGUAUAAUAAAGCACUCACACACUUAUGAGUGCUCAGGUACAAUGGAAACUCACUCUGAUUCAUGUGCACGCAGCACAUCGAGGCGUCGGUGUUUUCAGGGCUGCUUUCCGGCUGUUGUAGAAAGAAGAGGGGGGGAAAAAAAAGCUGUGAUGUGUUCAAGAACGUAUGACAAGAGAGAGGAAACGUGAUGUUUGAAAGUUAUUUUAAUAUCUUAGAUGUAAAAUCUAUUUGAGACCAAAACAACUCCAUAAAAAAAAAAAAAGAGGCUGUUGCUGAGUUUAUUUUUCAGUUCGUAGCUGGAUCGCUUGUGGUUUAGAGGUAAAGGAGGCAGAUUAGUGGGUCAUCAGUCUGAAUUAAGACAUUGACGAAAAGAAAAUCGAGCAACUCAGGUUUAGAAAAAGUGAGGUUUGGGACAAAAAAAAAAAAUUGAAUAUCUCGUGAAGACAAAUGUUCCAACGUGUGCUGACUUUGUUGAACUGACUUGUCAGUUAAUCUCUGACACACACAAACACACCAGCUAACAGGGAUUCAUUAGACAUGUGCUGCCUGGUGUGAGCGUGUGUGUGAAACGAAUGUCGGCGCUGUUGUCGUUUUAUUUAUUUUUUUAUUCCUCCCCCUCGCCGUCUCCCCUCCUCUUCGCUCGCCUGCAUGUCUUCUUGGGAACAUCAAAGGUAUUAGUGCGGUAUUUUCAGGUAGGGAGCCUUCGGGGCUUUAGCGGCGCUUCUGUGGGAGUUUUGGAGAAUUGUGUUUAUCGCUCCUUUUGCGGAGCCCGUUUGCAGACAAACGCUCCCGAAAAUGUCCCCGAACGGGGAGCAGCAGUGUGUUAAAAAGGCCUUCUGACAGCAGCUCUGCUCUCUUCUCUGUCACGCCGCGUGACCGCUCGGUGUACGCCUGUGGCAGUGUCCGGUCUACUGCGCCCAAUAACGCACCCUACAUAGACGGAGAGAGACACACACACAUCCAGACACAGGCGCGCAUGUACAGGAAACUCUGACAAAAACUCAAAGAGACACUCGGGGGGGAGCGCACACAUUGAUUCACACUCCCAUGCAGCCCCCCCCACCCCACCAACACACACACACUUUGUAACUUAUAACAAAGUGCAUAUAAGUAUCUCUGCAGCCAUCUGUCUGAAAGUACAGUGUCCGUCUUUAGAUUGCCCUGGGAGUGUGGAGGCUUGUGUCCGUUCGUCAGGAUCCACGUGGCUGAUAAAAAGCGUGUUUACCUGGUGGAAGGCUCAAACACGGUGCCAAACCAGCAGCGCAGUCAACGCCGCUCUCCGGAGCCAAAAAAAAUAAAAGAAAGAAAAGCCCAUUUCUUUUAAUGAAACCAAGACAUGUGCCGACGGA